UUUCUCGACAGUAAGGAGUUUUCCUGCAGUUCUUCUCCAUGCUAGUCUUCAUAAUACUGUCAUCCUUUCUCUCUCUCUCUCUCUCCACUACAUCUACAUCUACAACUACAACACACGAAUGAUUAAGUCAACCAAUCAUCCCCGGUCGAUUGACAGCCUGGGGUCUCCAGGUAUAAUCCAGGUAAACCAAACAACUAAAACCACAUCGUCAUCUUGUCAUUCUCUCUCAUCAACAACUCAAUCACUCUCACCGACUUCUUCCUCUUCCCCUCCUCGUUCCUUCCAUUGGUUCAUCCUUUAUAUAAUUUUAGUCCUGUCUCAUCCAUUCUAUUUACUCUUUUUUUCCUCUCUUUUCCCCCUUCCUUCUCUCUCUCUUCCUUGCUGGGGGUUGUUUGACUCUCUCACUCUCUAUCAGCACAUAAGGUUGAGUCGGUUCUACACCAAAACCCGCCGGAUUAAUUUCCCUGCCACCGACUAAUGAUUCUUGUGCUCCUCUCCUCUCCGAUAAACCCCCUGCUUGUCGGGUCCUUUUGAUUGUUCUGUCUUGGCUCUGGGGGUUUUAUUUCAUUUGAUUUUAUUCUUGAUUUUUUAUUCUCAUUUUUAUUUGUUUGGUUUGAACUAAUUUAAAUUUUUUCUUCACCUUCUCUGUGCGUUGUUCCAUCCUCCACACUUACUUGCUCUCUUUUUCCUCCUUCUCCUUCCUCUGUUUGUUUGUUUAUCAAUUUCUUAUACUUGAAGUCUUCUUUGUCUUCACUUGUUUCCCUCUCGACCGCCCAAUUGACCCCAAAUUCAACAGUUGGGGGAGAUCGACAGAAACAGAGGGUCCCAGAUACACCACAUCCGAAAAGAAUCGCCAAAAGAGGAUAGAAAGAAAAAGAAAACAAAAA